GUUUGAAUUGUCUAACAAUUUUUCAUUGGAAAGGUAGAUAAAGCGUUGUUAUUUAAAACAAACACUUUUGCAUGGGAAACCCAGAAUCCUACUAAUUGCUACACGUACUUAAUUACAUCACUUUUGUUUGGAGCCGACUUCGCCGAAUGCAAUUAACUUUCAACCGAUGCAAAACAUGCCUACACGGGCACGUGAGAUAAUCGAACACCCUCAUUUUGGUAGUAGAGUAUGCCCAGCGUGGCUACUCUCAUUGGCUGUUGGUCCCGCCUCAUUUUCGGUUUUCUGGAUGUUCAUUGCUCAAACCAGACAGCCAUCGUGUUUACUGCCGACGUCAUCUAGGCGCUGGAACUCGGUAAUGAUGUUGUGGUUAUCCAUGCCUCUCAUUCAGUGCUUGUGUCUGAAGAUAUCCUUUUGACCAGUCUGCCUCGCAUGGAGUUGCGCGCUGACGGCAACCGUGGAGAUGUCGGAGAUUAAAGGUAAAGAUGAGGAGCCUUUGGAAGGCGACGGUGACUACGAAAGUUUACCACCUCAUGCCUCAUUGACAAUCCACAUGACAGCAGGAGCAGUGGCUGGAAUCCUGGAGCACACGGUGAUGUACCCCGUGGACUCUGUCAAGACCAGGAUGCAGAGUUUGCAGCCAGACCCGAAGGCUCAGUACAGCAGCGUAUACGAGGCCCUGAGAAGGAUCAUCCAAACGGAGGGUCUCCUCAGACCCUUGAGGGGCCUCAACAUCACCAUGCUGGGGGCUGGCCCUGCCCACGCCCUCUACUUUGCCUGCUACGAACGGGUCAAGUGCACACUCAGCGAAGUAAUUCAGAAUGGAGGAAACAGCCACAUAGCCAAUGGACUGGCAGGCUGUGUGGCCACUGUGCUGCAUGACGCAGUCAUGAACCCAGCUGAAGUGGUGAAACAGCGGAUGCAGAUGUACAACUCUCCCUACCGGAACCUGUUGGACUGUGUUCGGACUAUACGACAUACUGAGGGGCUCGCAGCCUUCUACCGCAGCUACAGCACACAGCUGGCCAUGAACAUUCCCUUCCAGGCUGUCCACUUUAUGACCUAUGAACUGAUGCAGGAGCGGCUCAACCCCCACAGACAGUACCACCCCGGCAGCCACAUACUGUCUGGGGCUGCGGCGGGGGCCGUGUCUGCAGCGAUAACCACCCCGCUGGAUGUGUGUAAGACCCUGCUCAACACACAGGAGAACGUAGCGCUCAGCUCCAUGCACAUCAGUGGUCAUCUCACAGGCAUGGCUAAUGCCUUCAGGACAGUGUAUCGCUUUGGCGGCAUGGCUGCCUUCUUCAAAGGGAUCCAGGCCCGGGUCAUAUACCAGAUGCCCUCCACUGCAAUUGCCUGGUCAGUCUAUGAGUUCUUUAAGUACUUCCUGACCAAGCAGCAGAUAGAGGGAGAGGCUGGGACAGCAGGCCCAGUCUGAGGAAGGGCUGUGGACAGGGCUGACUAUCCACCACACGUAUUCUGGAAGCUCCUGGCUCUCCAAUAGAAUCCAUGCCAAAAGUCUCAUUGUGUACGCAAUGUCGUGUUCAUAAUUUAUAUCUGUGUGCUGUUGUGUAAUAAUCUGUGUUUUCUCGAAGGGAAGUCACUGCAAUGGAGGAAGUUUGAAAGACUUGCUGUGGGAGUGGUAGACUGUGGCACUCCUUACCCUUCUUACCUACUCAGCAAGCCCUUCCAUUGUACAGUGUCAUUCAUUAGAGGAGUGGAGGCUGUUACAUGAACAGGAAAUGCACAGAGAUGGCUUGUCUUUCCAUUAAUGCAAAGAAAAGGGCAUCUUCAUAUGGCAACAGGCCCUUUUCACAAAUCACCUGUUCACUAAGCGCACAACACUCCCUACUUCGUCUAUCUCUAUCUGGUGAUUGUGUUUGGCUACAUUCAUACAGUAUGUAUACUGAACAAAAAUAUAAAUGCAACAUGCAAUUUCAACGAUUUUAUUGAGUUACAGUUCAUAUAAGGAAAUCAAUCAAUUGAAAGAAAUUCAUUAGGCCCAAAUCUAUGGAUUUCACGUAACUGGGCAGGGGUGCAGCCAUUGGUGGGCCUGGGAGGGCAUAGGCCCACUCAUUGGGGAGCCAAUCAGAAUGAGUAUUUCCCAACAAAAGGGCUUUAUUACAGUCAGAAAUACCACUCAGUUUCAUCAGCUGUCCGGGUGGCUGGUCUCAGACGAUGCUGCAGGUGAAGAAGCCAGAUGUGGAGGUCCUGGGCUGGUGUGGUUACACGUGGUCUUCGGUUGUGAGUCUGGUUGGACGUACUGCCAAAUUCUCUAAAACGACGUUGGAGGCGGCUUAUGUUAGAGACUUUAACAUGCAAAUCUAUGGCAACAGCCCUGGUGGACAUUUCUUCAUUCAGCAUGCCAAUUGUACGCUCCCUCAAAACUUGAGACAUCUGUGGCAUUGUGUUGUGUGAUAAAACUGCACAUUUUUGUGUCCCUUUAUUGUCCCCAGCACAAGGUGCACCUGUUUUAAUGAUCAUGCCGUUUAAUCAGCUUCUUGAUAUGCCACACCUGUCAGGUGGAUGGAGAAAUGUUCACUACAUUUACAUUUAAGUCAUUUAGCAGACGCUCUUAUCCAGAGCGACUUACAAAUUGGUGCAUUCACCUUAUGAUAUCCAGUGGAACAACCACUUUACAAUAGUGCAUCUAACUCGUUUAAGGGGGGGGGGGGGUUAGAAGGAUUACUUUAUCCUAUCCUAGGUAUUCCUUAAAGAGGUGGGGUUUCAGGUGUCUCCGGAAGGUGGUGAUUGACUCCGCUGACCUGGCGUCGUGAGGGAGUUUGUUCCACCAUUGGGGUGCCAGAGCAGCGAACAGUUUUGACUGGGCUGAGCGGGAACUGUACUUCCUCAGAGGUAGGGAGGCGAGCAGGCCAGAGGUGGAUGAACGCAGUGCCCUUGUUUGGGUGUAGGGCCUGAUCAGAGCCUGAAGGUACGGAGGUGCCGUUCCCCUCACAGCUCCGUAGGCAAGCACCAUGGUCUUGUAGCGGAUGCGAGCUUCAACUGGAAGCCAGUGGAGAGAGCGGAGGAGCGGGGUGACGUGAGAGAACUUGGGAAAGUUGAACACCAGACGGGCUGCGGCGUUCUGGAUGAGUUGUAGGGGUUUAAUGGCACAGGCAGGGAGCCCAGCCAACAGCGAGUUGCAGUAAUCCAGACGGGAGAUGACAAGUGCCUGGAUUAGGACCUGCGCCGCUUCCUGCGUGAGGCAGGGUCGUACUCUGCGAAUGUUGUAGAGCAUGAACCUACAGGAACGGGUCACCGCCUUGAUGUUAGUUGAGAACGACAGGGUGUUGUCCAGGAUCACGCCAAGGUUCUUAGCACUCUGGGAGGAGGACACAAUGGAGUUAACAGGGAUGUAAAGGAAUUUGUGCACAUUUGUGCUUUUUCAUACAUAUGGUGGAAAAAAUUGAUGUCUUAUUUCAGCUCAUGAAACAGAGGACCAGCACUUUACAUGUUGCGUUUAUAUUUUUGUUCAGUAUAGAUCUGAUAUGGGAACACUUUUUUUAAAUGUACUUUUCAGUGCUUGUAUUUUAUGGAUUAGGAAGAGACAUGUGGCUGUUUGCUUGAUUUUCUUUUCUUGUGUAUUUAUAAAGGACUGUUUGAUCACAUUCCUGAGUCUCGCUGCACAGUAAACACAGAACAAUUGCGCUUUCAAAGUGCCUCUUUAGUAAUGAAGUCCGCUACAAGCUAAGCUUUGUGUGUUGUUCAGGUCCUAAAUAGAUUGGACUGAUCAUUAUUUCCAUGACCAUAAUCAUUGUUUGCUAUUAAAAGGGCUUAUCAUUCUGUGGAUUGAAUCUCAAAUGGUCUUUUAAAUGUUAACUCUGGAAGCCAGAUUUGAUCAAUCAUAGCAAGAAACCACUCAUGUUAAAACCAAAUGUACUGAAAUAGUACCAUAUUGUUAUUUUUACUUGGUCAGAAGGUUGGCAUCAUGUAAUGUGGCUGUAGUCUGAGCUGAACCUUUCAAGAUUAGGGAUAUUUUCUAUUCUGUGUUAGAAAUGCAGUUCUGAGAGUUACAUACAGUAGUGCAUUGGCUCAACCCCCAAAUGUUGGUUUAUUUUCAUGUUGGGUGUUUUCACUUUAGAUUGGUCUUCAUUCAAACCUCUGCACCACCCAUACUCAAGACUGCAGUAGUUUAGUUUCAGUAAUUAAUUUUAACCACACAGUGAAGUGAGUCGGCCUCCUUUUCCUGCGGUUACUGGAAUCCCUCGAAUUAAGCCGUAAUGGCCCAAAUAUUAGCCUUGUUUGAGCACGGUAGUAGGCCUAUGCACUGGAAUCACACACAAUGAUCAAGAGUGUUAGUGUAAAUUGUAUAACGAUCUUCUAUGUUGCAGAGAAUAAGCUUUUAAAAAAAUAUUUUUAGGCAAGCCCUUUAAGCAUUGGAUUCUGUCUGUGACCGUGAGACCAGUACUAAUGGUUGACCAGAUGAGCUGUUUGUUCUGUGGCAUGUUUUAGCCACUUACUGUGCUCUCCCUCUUACCAGCAUCUUGGCUCAGUGUUUUCUGCUCCGAAGACAAGACAUUUCUCCACAUAUUGCUGUAACCACAAAGCUGCGAGAUUUGUUUGUUUUUAAAUAAAUGCUUCUGUUUUAUUGUCA